GGGUGCAGGAGCGCGCUCGUGCCCAGAGGCUGGACUCCGCUGCCGGGCGUGCCGUCUCCCCCAGAGAGCCCGAAACGCCGGCCAUGGCCGAGGGCGCGGCGGGCAGGGAGGGUCCCGCGCCGCUGGACGCAGCCGGAUGUGAAGACGACCCCCGAGUGGGUCCGGACGCCGCCUCCGGCGAAGGCGUGGCUGUGGCCCCUGGGGGCCGGUGGAGGGACCGUCGCAGCGGGGUCGCGCUGCCGGGCGCUGCAGGGGCCCCGGCUGACAGCGAGGCUGGCCUCCUGGAGGCUGCGCGGGCGACCCCCCGGCGCAGUAGCAUCAUCAAGGAUCCUUCAAACCAAAAAUGUGGUGGAAGAAAGAAAACAGUGUCUUUCAGCAGCAUGCCAUCGGAAAAGAAAAUUAGCAGUGCGAGUGACUGCAUCAGCUUCAUGCAAGCUGGCUGUGAAUUGAAGAAGGUCCGGCCAAAUUCUCGUAUUUAUAACCGUUUUUUCACUCUGGACACAGACCUCCAAGCUCUUCGCUGGGAACCUUCCAAGAAAGACCUUGAGAAAGCUAAGCUUGACAUUUCUGCUAUAAAAGAGAUCAGAUUGGGGAAGAACACAGAAACAUUUAGAAACAAUGGCCUCGCUGACCAGAUUUGUGAGGACUGUGCCUUUUCUAUACUCCAUGGGGAAAAUUAUGAGUCUCUGGACCUAGUUGCCAAUUCAGCAGAUGUAGCAAAUAUCUGGGUGUCAGGUUUACGGUACCUGGUUUCUCGAAGUAAGCAACCCCUUGACUUUAUGGAGGGCAACCAGAACACACCAAGGUUCAUGUGGUUGAAAACAGUGUUUGAAGCGGCAGAUGUUGAUGGGAAUGGGAUUAUGUUGGAAGACACCUCUGUAGAGUUGAUAAAACAACUCAACCCUACCUUGAAGGAAUCCAAGAUCAGGUUAAAGUUUAAAGAAAUCCAGAAGAGCAAAGAAAAACUAACUACACGAGUGACGGAAGAGGAAUUUUGUGAGGCUUUUUGUGAACUUUGCACCAGGCCAGAAGUCUAUUUCUUACUGGUCCAGAUAUCUAAGAACAAAGAAUAUUUGGAUGCCAAUGAUCUCAUGCUCUUUUUAGAAGCUGAGCAAGGAGUCACCCAUAUUACUGAGGAUAUGUGCUUAGACAUUAUUCGGAGAUAUGAACUUUCCGAAGAGGGUCGUCAAAAAGGGUUUCUUGCAAUUGAUGGCUUUACCCAGUAUCUGUUGUCACCAGAAUGUGACAUUUUUGAUCCUGAGCAAAAAAAGGUUGCCCAAGAUAUGACCCAGCCACUAUCUCACUACUACAUCAAUGCUUCGCACAACACCUAUCUCAUAGAAGACCAGUUCAGGGGGCCAGCUGAUAUUAAUGGGUACGUUAGAGCUUUGAAAAUGGGCUGUCGAAGCAUUGAACUUGAUGUUAGUGAUGGUUCAGACAAUGAGCCAAUCCUUUGUAAUCGAAAUAAUGUGACGACACAUCUUUCUUUUAGAAGUGUCAUAGAGGUGAUAAAUAAAUUUGCCUUCAUUGCUUCUGAAUACCCACUCAUUCUUUGCCUGGGAAAUCACUGCUCCCUACCACAGCAAAAGAUAAUGGCUCAACAGAUGAAAAAGGUUUUUGGCGAUAAGCUCUAUACUGAGGCACCUUUGCCAUCAGAAACCUACCUCCCAUCACCGGAAAAAUUGAAAAGAAUGAUUGUUGUGAAAGGAAAGAAAUUGCCUUCUGACCCAGAUGUUUUGGAAGGAGAAGUAACAGAUGAAGAUGAAGAAGCAGAAAUGUCUCGAAGGCUGUCGGUAGAUUACAAUGGCGAGCAGAAACAAAUCUUGCUGUGUAGGGAACUCUCCGAUUUGGUAUCCAUCUGCAAGUCUGUUCAGUAUAGGGAUUUUGAACUGUCUAUGAAAAGCCAAAACUAUUGGGAAAUGUGUUCAUUUAGCGAAACAGAGGCCAGCCGAAUUGCAAAUGAGUACCCAGAGGAUUUUGUAAAUUAUAAUAAGAGAUUCUUAUCGAGAAUCUAUCCAAGUGCUAUGAGGAUCGAUUCCAGUAACUUGAAUCCACAGGACUUUUGGAAUUGUGGCUGUCAGAUUGUGGCAAUGAAUUUUCAGACUCCAGGUCCAAUGAUGGACCUUCACACAGGCUGGUUUCUUCAAAACGGAGGCUGUGGUUAUGUUCUAAGGCCAUCCAUCAUGCGAGAUGAAGUUUCUUACUUCAGUGCAAACACAAAGGGCAUCGUACCUGGGGUGUCUCCUCUUGCUCUUCAUAUCAAGAUCAUCAGUGGUCAGAAUUUUCCAAAGCCCAAAGGAGCUUGUGCCAAAGGAGAUGUCAUAGAUCCCUAUGUUUGUAUAGAGAUACAUGGAAUUCCAGCAGACUGUUCAGAACAAAGAACUAAAACUGUCCAACAGAACAGUGAUAACCCUAUUUUUGAUGAAACUUUUGAGUUUCAAGUAAACCUACCUGAGCUGGCCAUGAUUCGUUUUGUUGUUCUGGAUGAUGACUACAUUGGGGAUGAGUUUAUAGGACAAUAUACAAUACCGUUUGAAUGUUUGCAGCCUGGAUAUCGGCAUGUUCCCCUGCGCUCUUUUGUGGGUGACAUCAUGGAGCAUGUAACCCUUUUUGUCCACAUAGCAAUAACUAAUCGAAGUGGAGGAGGAAAGGCACAGAAGCGCAGCCUGUCAGUGAGAAUGGGGAAGAAAGUUCGAGAAUAUACCAUGGUCAGGAAUAUCGGCCUUAAGACCAUAGAUGACAUCUUUAAAAUAGCAGUUCAUCCCUUACGAGAAGCCAUAGAUAUGAGAGAAAAUAUGCAGAAUGCCAUAGUGUCUAUUAAGGAACUGUGUGGACUUCCUCCAAUUGCCAGUCUGAAACAGUGCCUGUUGACCCUGUCCUCUCGACUCAUCACCAGUGAUAAUACUCCUUCAGUCUCUCUUGUGAUGAAAGACAACUUUCCUUAUCUGGAGCCUCUGGGGGCAAUUCCAGAUGUGCAGAAAAAAAUGCUGGCUGCUUAUGAUCUGAUGAUUCAAGAGAGCCGGUUUCUCAUAGAAAUGGCAGAUACAGUCCAGGAAAAGAUUGUGCAGUGUCAGAAAGCAGGGAUGGAAUUCCACGAGGAACUUCAUAAUCUAGGGGCGAAAGAAGGCCUGAAGGGAAGAAAACUCAACAAGGCAACUGAGAGCUUUGCUUGGAACAUUACAGUAUUGAAGGGCCAAGGAGAUCUGUUGAAGAAUGCCAAGAAUGAAGCCAUAGAAAACAUGAAGCAGAUCCAGCUGGCGUGCUUGUCCUGUGGACUUAGUAAAGCACCCAGCAGUGGUGCAGAAGCCAAGAGCAAACGUAGCCUGGAAGCCAUCGAGGAGAAAGAGAGUGGCGAGGAGAAUGGGAAGCUGUGACCCUGCGCAGUACUGACACGCACACCCAGCCUUCCCCUUGAGGACUCCGGUUUUUCUCUCUGGUUUUCUUUCUUUCAGCUUUUUAGAAGUUCACAAAAAGAUGCCCUCUGUGGGGUGUUGGACAUAGAUAUUUUCACAAUGUCAGUAUUUUAAUGUAGUUAAUUUAUCUAAGUUAAAACCUUUAGUAGUGGUGUUUAAAAAUUCUCGGAUGUGUGUACAUACCCAUGUAUGGAUGUGGGUGGGAGCGUGUGUGUGUCUGUGUAUGUGUGUUUGUAUGAGAGAGAGAGACAGAGAGAGAGAGACAGAGAGAGACAG